CCCAGACCGCUCAGGCGCUGCAAAGAUUUUUCGUGACAGAACAAAAAACAAAUAACCUCGAAAACGUAGCAAUUUAUAACAUUUCUGCAAAAGCUGGAAUAUAAUGGAAACCUUAGAUUUAUGCGAACCAAAGGAGAUGUCAGGAGAAAAGGGAGCACUGGAUUGCUGGGAUUUUCAGGUGAACCCGCUAUUCCUUGAGGAACUCAUCAGCCCCUGUCUGAAUGGUAUUUCAUACGAAGAGUGGAUGUCUUUGGAUACCAAUGACAGUGGAUCAGAAGUUGUCGUUCUGCUGUCGGACAUGUGCAGUGAGGUUAUAAUUACUAAUAGCAACUUGAUCCUGGAGAUUGUAGAGCCUCUGAUUUUUACCUCGGGCCAUGAUCUUUCAUGUGGCAAUGAUGCAACUGUGCAGGGUGGGUGCAGUAAUUUCAAAGUGAUGGAGGAGAAUAUCGAGGCCUGCUUUGGAAACAGCCUUAAUCAGUAUUUUGUUGAAGUCCUGGACAUAGCAGAGGGAAGCUGCGACACCUUGGAUGAAUUAGUGAGACUGUUUUCAGCAGAGGUUACUAAAAAAGUAAACUUAUUACUGGCUCAAGUCACAGGGUCAACUCUUUCCCUGAACACAUGUGACUCGCUGAGAGCAGCAUCCACUUUACAAAUGGUCGAUACCAUAGGAAAACUGUUUAAAGACGUGUUGGAAGGCUUUAAAAUAAUGGAUGAGUCAUGUGACGAGCUGGCAUGCCCGCCCUGUAACUCCCAGGAGCGUUGGUGUUUUGACUCUGAGGAUGCUGAAAACGUUGAGGAGGACAGCACAGAAAUCUCAGGAUUCAGUUUCUCUUUUUCAAAGAUGCCAAAACUGGAUAAUUUACAUGCUCCGUCAGUGCCACAGCAUUCUGAUGACUCAGAAUCAAAUGAUGACAUAAAUCCUAUUUCAUCAGAUCCGCCACCUGAUGAUUACAACAAGACCUUUCUCACUAUGCUUCUUCGGAAGUUAGUUAACCACAUUGCUUCUGAAACCGGAACAUCCUUAGAAAACGUGAAUCUCAAUGAUUUAGUGUCCUGUGUAACAUGGUGUACUAGGGGCAUGCUGGAUCUUUCUCCCCUAAGAAGUGUUGACAAUCUGCACAUCUCCAUUUACGAAAGUCUGUGCCAGAAAUUUAGAGCCAAACACGUGCUGCAGGUUGCCAUGGUAUCACAUGAUAGUGCAUUUGAGUUUGCUGUUAUAAUGACUUUAUUAUCACAGCUUGAAAAGUACAACACCUCUAAGGAGAUAUGGGAUUUAUGGAACCCUUUCAAGCCCGGGAACCUUUCUCCAGAACCUCACAGAGAAGAAAGGAGCACACAAACAUCGCCUUCACCUCCAAAAAGAUCACUGUGCAGCACCCUCAGGAAGAAGUUUUCACGCUGGGCUUCUAAUGUUGUGAAUUUUUUUAAGAGGUCUGGACAGUGA